GCAAGGGCAGCACUGCCGAAACCGCAGGCCGCAGCACUCGAGAGCGCAGCCAGGCGGCGGCGCUCCGCCUCCGACUCCACACCAGGCCGCUGCGUCCAUGGACCCCUCCCCGCAGUCGACGCCGCCCACCGGAGACGACCCGGCAGCGGCGGCGGAUCCCGACCUACCGAGGCUCACGGUGACGCAGGUGGAGCAGAUGAAGGUGGAGGCCAGGGUUGGCGACAUCUACCGCUCCCUCUUCGGGGCCGCGCCCAACACGAAAUCCAUCAUUUGUUUUCUGUGCAGGCUAGAGCUGUGGCGUGAUCAGCAUAUCGAGUAUCUGACGCCUGGGCUGAGGCAUAUGGGACCAGCCUUUCAUGUUCUAGAUGCCAAUCGCCCUUGGCUAUGCUACUGGAUGGUUCAUCCACUUGCUUUGCUGGAUGAAGCACUUGAUGAUGAUCUUGAGAAUGAUAUCAUAGACUUCUUAGCUCGAUGUCAGGAUAAAGAUGGUGGAUAUAGUGGUGGACCUGGACAGUUGCCUCACCUAGCUACGACUUAUGCUGCUGUAAAUACACUUGUGACAAUAGGGAGCGAAAGAGCAUUGUCAUCAAUCAAUAGGGGCAACCUGUACAAUUUUAUGCUGCAGAUGAAAGAUGUAUCAGGUGCUUUCAGAAUGCAUGAUGGUGGCGAAAUUGAUGUCCGUGCUUCCUACACCGCUAUAUCGGUUGCCAGCCUUGUGAAUAUUCUUGAUUUUAAACUGGCAAAAGGUGUAGGCGACUACAUAGCAAGAUGUCAAACUUAUGAAGGUGGUAUUGCUGGGGAGCCUUAUGCUGAAGCACAUGGUGGGUAUACAUUCUGUGGAUUGGCUGCUUUGAUCCUGCUUAAUGAGGCAGAGAAAGUUGACUUGCCUAGUUUGAUUGGCUGGGUGGCUUUUCGUCAAGGAGUGGAAUGCGGAUUUCAAGGACGAACUAAUAAAUUGGUUGAUGGUUGCUACUCCUUUUGGCAGGGAGCUGCCAUUGCUUUCACACAAAAGUUAAUUACGAUUGUUGAUAAGCAAUUGAAGUCCUCGUAUUCCUGCAAAAGGCCAUCAGGAGAGGAUGCCUGCAGCACCAGUUCAUAUGGGUGCACCGCGAAAAAGUCUUCCUCUGCUGUGGACUAUGCGAAGUUUGGAUUUGAUUUUAUACAACAGAGCAACCAAAUUGGCCCACUCUUCCAUAACAUUGCCCUGCAACAAUACAUCCUACUUUGUUCUCAGGUACUAGAGGGAGGCUUGAGGGAUAAGCCUGGAAAGAACAGAGAUCACUAUCAUUCAUGCUACUGCCUCAGUGGCCUCGCAGUUAGCCAGUACAGUGCCAUGACUGAUACUGGUUCGUGCCCAUUACCUCAGCAUGUGCUUGGACCGUACUCUAAUUUGCUGGAGCCAAUCCAUCCACUCUACAAUGUUGUCCUAGAUAAGUACCAUACAGCCUAUGAGUUCUUCUCAGAAGAGUGAUCUAAUGUUAGAACCUAAGAACAAUUGGCUAAGGUUGUGUACGAUUGUGUUAUUUGCACGAAUGAUGGUAACUUAGUCGUGUUAUACCAGGGUAUUUGUAUGUUUGGUCAGGUGGAUUGCCUGGAUAAAUCUCUCUGUUGUAAUGGUCGUGUCCCGAAUUAUGUUUGUAAUGGUCGUGUCCCGAAUUAUGUUACUGGUGUUCAUUAUUAGUUAAAAUGCAACAGAAGUGUAGGUCUAGAUGCUGCAUAGUGAUCUGUGGAUGCUAGAACCAAGUGUUUGUACGUAAUACUGUUAUGAUGGUACUAAAUUGAUUAGUUAAAUGCA